AUGGCUCAAAGUUUCAUUGGGAAACCAAUUGCUCUCAUUUCCCAUUCAGAUGUACGAUACAGGGGGAUACUAGCUGGUAUCGAUGCCCAGGCCUCAACGAUACAACUCUCUAAUGUGUAUUCAAUGGGCACGGAGAAUCGGCGGCUAGGCCCGGAUUUCAUUCCACCAGUUCAAGAACCAUACGAUUAUAUCAUCUUCCGUGCUUCAGAAGUUAAGGAUCUUUCCGUCGAUGAGCCUGUCCAGCGGCGGAGUGUGCAUGACGACCCAGCAGUGAUUGGGGCAUCCACUGCGUCUGCUCCCCAGCAGCCGUAUGGUUUCAACUCUGUACCACCACAAGCAGCUCCUGCGCCUGCCCAGCCUCUCGUAGCGCAGUCGCAACCACCCGCCGCGUUCGCCAAUGGAAGAGCCCCUCAAACUGCCCAAACCCCUCCUGAGCAGCCUGCUUCUACCGCUAACCCUUCGGCCAAUGCCACUUCGCGACACCCGCAACAGCAGCAACAGAGGCGUAACAACGCAAAUCCCAUACAUACGGCCACAGCAUCCUUGGAAACGGUUGAGCGCGCAUUAGGUGAUUUGAGAGUAUCUAACAACGGAAAUGCCCAGACUGGACGCAGCGGUCGUCGAGGUGGCGGACGCGAGCAUACCAAAGAGAUCAAAGUCCCCAAAACGGAUUUCGACUUCCAGAGCAAUAACGCAAAGUUUGACAAGGCUGCCAUCGCAAAGGUUGAAGGAGAACCAUCCUCUGAGGGGGAAGGCAAAUCAGACGCGGAAGCUAAAUCUCCGAAGUCGGAGCCUGCAUAUAACCCUCAGUCGUCGUUCUUUGACUCCUUGUCGUCGUCGACGCAGGGCCCAAUGAGCGCUCCUCGCGGUGGUGGCGGCGGACGCCGAGGCGGUGCUGCUGGCAGAAACAGAAGAGAGGAGGAGCGCGAGAGGAACUACGCUACCUUCGGUGAACCUGGAGGUAUCGGACUCAUGGGCCCUGGCCAGUACGUCGGUGGUUGGGGAGGAUAUGGGCGAAGGUCUGGUCCUGGGGCAGGCAGAGGCCGACGAGGGGGCGUCCCGACUGGUACACGAUGA